UUAUUUUGUGGUCAAAGAAUCAUUGGUAAUAAAGAACCCCUUUCACACGAGGAAUUCGAAGUUAAUGCAGAAGGAGAAAAAAUUAUUAGAAGACAACCCAAAUCUUUUAAAUGUAAAUGUGGGAGAGAAUUUAUCUGUGAAAUGAUACCCGUCCGUUUCUUUAAUGGUGAAACUAAUGAAGAUUUUUUGGUAUCUAAAAUGCCGUUAGGAAAUGGAGGUUUUGCUGUGGUUUAUCACGCAACAUAUACGCAAAAUUGGAAAUAUUUGGGUGAUUGUAUUGCUUUAAAAAUAGCCCAUUCAAUUAGUAGAAAUCAACGGGAUGAGGAAAUUGCAAAGGAAGCACUUUCAAGGGAGGAAAAAAUGUUGGAACUUAUUUGGCAAAGCCAACCAUUUCCAGAAAGAUUAAUUAAAUAUCUCGGAAUGAUUAAAUAUUAUGUUCAUAAUUCUAAUUUACCACAAAAAGCAUUAAAGUUAGAACUUGGACAUACAACUUUAAAAUGUUUUUGGAAAGAUCUUAUGACAAAUUCUAAUGAAUAUAAUGAGACAUUGUUUUUAGAGAUAAUGAAACAAAUUCUCGAAGGAUUUGUAGAAUUUCAUAAUACAGGUUAUAUCCUUAUGGAUUUCAAUGCAAACAAUAUUUUAAUUAUGGAAGAAUCUUCAUCUAAUAUAACUAUAAAUUUAAAAUUAAUUGAUUUUGCAGAAUCUGUUAAAGAAAAUAACGAAGUAAACACACAACCUAUUGAUAUUCCAACCGUUUCAUUACAUAUUGGACCUGAAAUAUAUGAUUCAAGAACAUAUGAUUUUUAUGUAUGUUGCAAUUAUGUGAGUAAACAAACAGACAUUUGGUCUUUUGCUAUGGUUUGUCUAGAUUUACUUACUUCGGCACCUUUCUUCGAAGAUUUUUAUAAAAAUAAUAAAAUAGAAAUAAAUCGAAUUGUUUAUGGCGAUAAUGAUAUUAAUGAGGAAAGAAAUGAGGGGGAAACACGAAUUAGAUUAUUGAGGAGAAUGGUUGAGAUUAGUUAUCAAAAGAAUUCCCAACCCAAAGAAAAGAAUUUUACUGAAAGUAUUGUGAAUAAUUUAAAUAAUAUUUUAUCUAAAAAUUACCCGAAAGUUAUGUCAAUUCUUAAGGAGUGUUUUUAUAAAAAUCAAAAAUGGAGACCAGAUUCAAAAUAUUUGUUAGAUUUAACUAAAGCCAUACUUUAUAAUUAUGAACCAUUUUGGGUUAAUGCUCAUAAAAAGGAAAGAAAGAAAUAUUUAUUAGAAAAAGGGGGAUCUUCAUCUACUACAAAUGAUUAA